AUGAAACACCUGCAGAGCAAGGGACCACUGGUGAAGCUCAUGCGGUGGCUGAGCUGGUUCCAGUCCAGCCGGUGGUAUGCAGGUGAUCUUUUGGCAACUCGAAUGAUAUUCGAAAGCGAGUCGUAUGCGGAGGACGAUGUGGAGUUGAACACGAUCACCGAAGACAGAGAUACCAAGGAUGCUGCAGAGGAACUGCGGAAGCUGAAGAAGAGCAUGGGUCAGUGGAAGCUUUUUCCGAAGUUGUGCACGAAGAAAAACGUGCUGGUGUCGGAAAUCCUCUGCAUGGUCAGUCGUGCUACAUGUGAUGCACAUGCAGACAAUGCUAGAGAGAACAUGAACCCGAAGGAGGUCUUGAAUGACAGAGUGGCACGGGCCCAAGACAACGGCUGGUGCUUGGAGCUGGUCAAGAUGGCCAAGCACUCCUUCGGAGACAGCGUGGCCUUGACAAAGAUGUUUCGGUCAGAGGAGGAAAGCACAGUCCAGCUGCAGUGGAUUCAGAGCUACUUCCGAAGCCUGUGCAAACAGCGGGCCAUGUCUCUCUUUGCGGAGAUGCAGGUGCCGCCACUGAAGUGGGCGGGACUUCUUGCAGCGAGCCCUGAGAGGUCCCGGGCAGCUCUGCGUGCAGCGAAGCGGGAGUGGGGCAUCGUCAUGCAUGCAGAAGCCGCCUGGGCAAGAGGAGAGGAUGUCCCGAUACUGGACAGCGUGGUUUGGCAACGGAUUCCGUUGGUGAGACUGCUGGGCAUGGCCAUCGAGCGAUGCGGGGAUAAUGUCAGCGAGGAAGCACGUGGUUUGAUGACCUUGUUCCUUCAGACUCUGGGCGAGAGCCGAGUGGUUGAAAACACACAUCAAACGGCCAAAGACAUAUUUGGCGGGGCAAGGCAUGACAAGUCCUCCAUCUGCAAGAGGCAACAUGCUGUCUUGCACUCCCCUGCUUUGCCAAGCAAGGGGGUGGCAUGCGUGCCGCUGCCCGGCAAGGCUGAGAAGGCCGAGUCGGGUUUGUGGGGUGCGGAGAGCAAGCUGGGUAGGACACCUGAGUUCGUCCGCAAAGCUCUUCCUGGCAGUCACAAGGUCUCCCCAGAGAUACAGGCCAUGAUGAAGCCAAAGACCAGUGACCACGCGUGGCCGAGCCCGACCCCUGCAAGCAUGUUUAGCAAUGCAUGCGCUCAUCAUGCACUCCAAGAACUUUGGCCAAACAAGAUGGAGACAUACUAUUUGGCAGAAGUCAUCGGGCAGCCAGGCAAUUUGGUCUUUCAGAAGAGCAGCAAAAGGCUUUGCUACGUCGUCGCCGUGACUGAGUUUGCAUGGGUCAGCUGGGAGAUGAAGAAUGCCGGCCUCGAGGACGGCGCAAGCCUCUGGGAAAUGCCACUCAGCGGCAAGCAAACCCGGAAAUUGGAUCCGUCAGCCAUUCGCUGCGAGACUGUCGUGGACCUGAAGAUGUGGGCUCACAUCCCGAGCGAGCUUGUGAGAUCGCAGCGAACGGGCUGCCUCGUCUUUCGGACGUGCGGCAAAGCAAUUUCGCUGCUGGAAGCACUGUGCUUGCAAGGAACACCAUUGACAGUGGCCGCCUUGAAGCGUAUCUUGCAGCAUAUGGCGGGGCCUGGGCCGAAGCUUGGCAUGAGUGUCAAAGCAGAUUCUUUGCGACGGAUCUUGUACAAGGCGGUGUUUGGUGCAGACAGCAACAGAUUGGCACAGGCGGAACAGGCAUAUUCGAAGGCCUCGCUUCGGCAAGCUGAGCUGUUGGAGGCAGACUUGCAGGAUCCUCUCAUGGAGCAGGUCUUGGAGGCCUUUCAAGAAGAACAUUACAAUGCCAAGGAAGUCCAAGACAUGCAGAAAAUCAAGAAACAGCGAAACAGCUGUAAGUCUGACAAGCUGCUGGAAGAUGUGGUUCCUCGGAAAAGCAAGAAGAUGCCCGUCAAGAGAAAAAAACCGUUGGGCGAGCAGUUCUGGCUGCGGGCUAGGAAGCGUGCGAAGCUGGAGGCAACAGAGACACCUGCGAGACAUGAUCAGGAAGGCCUUCCUGGCCCAUCCAGUCAUGCAGCCGCUUCGGCUUCUGCGGGGCCACAGCAGGACCAACCUCGAGCAGACCCGAGCAAGGGCAGGUCAACGGCUUUUGCGAGGAAGUGCGAGCAGACCCCAAAGGCACUGAAAACACUGCUGCCAGGCAGCGGUGCAAUUUCUGGUGUCUUCUAUGCCAAGUAUGACGGGGACAAGCAGUUCUUCAAAGUGGAGUAUCCCAUCGGCAACCCGGCCGGAUGA